AUGCAUGUUCACCGAGUUUGGGAUGAAGUUUCCUCUUCCGUUUUUGCUAUUGAAGUUUGCGUCAUAAUGCGGCAUCGCUGCGAGUCAAUUGACCCAUGGCGUCAUUCGCCACAUUGUCUUCACCAAUGCUUUAGUCAAGGCCGUUGGGAUCAUGUUCGAUCGUCUGCUGUUUUAACACAUCACAGAUCUUCGCACCGGAUCGACGUGAGAAGGGAACUUCAAACGCUUUCAUACUACGAUGAAGUACGAUAUCGUGUUUGGCAACUAUCGCAGCAAACUUCUGAGAUAGCACUCGUAAAAACGGGAUACCAAAGAUUGAGUUUAGGGAACUGGGAUGCUUAA